CAUGCGGACCGGCACCUUCCCGCUUCUGUCUCUGUCUCUGGCGUGGCUGGCGGCCGCGGGCUGGUGCGAGGACGACACCCAAAAUGGCAAACAACUCAUCAUGCUGGAGAUUGAGCGACUCAACUAUCCAGGCGAGGACAAGGUGGUGAAGAGACAGGCGUCUGUUCAGUACGGAGGUGCUCCAGACAGGUACAUCGUGCGGAGCAGUGGGGAGGGUGGCCAACAACAGGUUCCCCCAGAGUACCUGACUCUGCUACACCAACUCUCACCUCAGCAAAAUGACCAGCAACGUGACAUCCAGCAACUCUACAUCACCAGGAAUCCUCAAGAGGUAUACGCUGAGUACGCCAACCAGCCACCACCGCCGCCACCGCGGCCCAAGCUGACGCCAGAGCAGGAGCAGAUGAGGCGUCUGCAGGAGGAUGCAGCCAACAAACACAUCAGGGAACAGCAGGAGCGGGCCCUCCAGCGUGCUCUCCAGACUGGCCAGUUCCAGCCGGGCUUCCAGCCUCAACCUUACCAGCCCCAGCAACAGACUUACCAACAGCAACCUUCUUACCAACAGUCCCAGCAACUGUCCUAUCAAGAACCACAACCAUCCUACCAGCAGCAAUCAGCUUACCAGCAACCGCAGCAGCCUCAAUCCCUUUCUCAAUACGACUCCGCUAGUUCCCUAGAGAUAGAGCCCCAAUACUCCCAGCCACCUUCACCACCUCAGUUCUACCAGCAGACCAGGUCCAUCCGACCAGCUCAGGCACCUCAGAAGUUCUCCUACAGUCAGGUCCAGUUUGGGUCAUCUGAAUUGGCAAGAGAAGCUCUUGAACCGAGAUUAGUGUCUAUUCAGCAGAAAUUGAAGAGUCAAGCUAAGCCACAACCCCAACCCCAGUAUUAUUCUCAGCCGCAGGUCCUUCCGCAGCCACAAGCUCUUCCUCAGCCGAGACCACAGGUUCGCUUCAAUGCUUAUGUACAGCCUCAACAGCAGACGCCCACUCAGCCGCAGCAUCCUCAGCAGUACCUGAUAGAGACCACUAGGCCGGAACAGGAGGAGGAACAGGUUGUCAUGAUUCCCAGACCUCGCAAGCCGUCCUCUCAACCCCAGUCAUUAUACUACAGGCCACAGCCAGCUCCCAUUAACAGUGUCGAAAGCACUCACUAUGCCAAGGAGCCACAGCCCUACACGACAAUUCCAAGAGAAUACCAGACUCCCCAACAGUACCGACCCGCUCCCGCUCCUCAGUACGUUAGAAGACCUCAAAAUCUGCCAUCUCCUGAUGCACCCUCUCGAUCAGCCAUCUAUGUCCAACAGUCUGGAGUAAGCAAGAGGGUCACCACGCCAUCGCCUCCGUACAACCCAUACUCUGCGUACACUCCGGGAGUUCCGGUCCCUCGGAUUCCGACUCCUCAAGGACAUCGUCCCCUAACAGCGACUGAAAUACACGCUCUAUCAAAAGCUGGAUUUCAAAUUUCGCCACUGACCUUAAACAGUCUUCAGGAGUCUAGUGACAUUUCUCCUGCCUACGACGAAGACAGUGACGUCUACAGAUCACCCAGUUCCAAGCGGCAGAGUCAGUACCUUGACGAGAGGAAGCCCCCGGGAAAGUACCCCAAGAGAAUUCCCAAGCCCGUUCCUCUGACUGAUCACGAACGAAAGCUCCUGGCCGAACAGGGUAUCAGGAAUUUAUAUAGAGUGGAAAGCUCGGAGAGCAAGGAUGCACCGGUAACCUAUGUCUUGGCCAUAGACAACAGUGUGCGAAAGAGGGAGUCAGAGUCAGCGACGAAAGAUAAGAACUAACCAUGGAAAUUAGAAAGUAAAAGAAAGACUUUUUGGCACCAACUUAAAAAUCUGGUAGUUCGUGCAGGAAGAAAAACGUGAUAUUAAUGUACUUACCAGAAGUAUUUAAUGUUACCAAAAGUGUGCUUAAUUAUUGUUUUACCAAUACCUAAAGUGCUUUGAAGGAAACAGCUUGCUAGUAGAAAUAUCAUACACUAAAACAUCGUAACAUUCUUAAUGUAUUAUACCAAUAGUACUAGUAAGCUAAUACCAAAGAGCAAAAUAAGGGAUAGAGAUCAAAAUUAACGUCGCUUAUUGCCAUUCGAAUUUAAUGGUGCAGUACGAAAUACCAGGAAAAGGGGUCGGUGCAUGUGGAUAACUCGAUUUAUUGUAAAUGUCUGUAUAUAAUACUGUAGAAAAGAACUACUUAGCAUUUAAGGAUUGAAGUUCAAAUGUUAACCUAGGUAUAAGUUGAUAAUAAAUAAAUGUGGUACCGCAUUAAACCA